UGCCUGGAAUUUCCUGAACUCCUUGGUAGGCAGUCUCCCCACCCUGUCUUCCCUGCUUGCUCUGAGGGUCUCUAGGAGGGGAGGUGCCGUUAACACCCUGGAGGCAGUACACAGGGGUGGGGCACCCUCCCCUAAUACACAGGUUCUUCUGGACUGGGUCCUGAGGCUGGUGGUGCACAGGGGGUCACGACUGUCCCCUUCCCCCAGGUCUGAGGGAUCUGCCCCUCUGCCUCAGCUACUGCCCACUUUUUUUGUCUUCGCAUGAAGCCCAGCUGGCUACACCUGGGGAUGAAUGUUUACAGAUAGCCUGAGGACGCACAGUGGAAACCUGGCAACCUGGGGCCUCCCUGUGUCCGGCAGCCUGGCAACUGUCAUGCGGCGCCCAGCGCUGGCUUGUGGGGCACUGCAGUCCAGGGAGGGUGUGGCUGUCUUCCCACAGGGCUCUUCUCUUACCUCAGGCUGGUCUCCAGGAGGUAAGGACAGCCCCGCAGGUGACACUGGUGCUUGGGCUCCUGCUAAGCAGUUCUUUCCUUCGAGUAACAGAACCAGGGAGGGAGGUGGGCUGCAGCCUCCCCUGCCCCUACAGUCGUCUCCUGCAGCUCCCACCAUGCUGGACUCAGCAGCAGCAGAGCACGUGACCCGACUGACGCUGAAGCUCUUGGGACAGAAGCUGGAGCAAGAACGGCAGAACAUGGAAGGGGGACCUGAGGGCCUCCACCUCGAGCCAGGAAAUGAGGACCGGCCGGACGACGCCCUGCAGACUGCUCUGAAGAGAAGGAGAGACCUUCUGCAGAGACUCCGGGAACAACACCUCCUGGACGAGCUCUCUCGGGCCCAAGCCUGGAACGGAGCAAGCAGAGGAGCCCUCGGAUCAGCCCUGCCCCCUGAGCUGACCCCCACGGGCAUCCUACCCGCUGCUUCCCCAUCCCCGCUGGCCCCAGACCCGCCAAGGAUCAUCCUGCCUACGGUCACCCAGCCUCCUGCCACCAUCAUUCAGCAGCUCCCUCAGCAGCCACUCAUAGCACAGAUUCCUCCUCCCCAGGCCUUCCCUACUCAACGGUCAGGAAGUAUUAAGGAAGACAUGGUGGAGCUGCUGCUGCUGCAGAACGCACAGGUGCACCAGUUGGUCCUGCAGAACUGGAUGCUCAAGGCCCUGCCCCCAGCCCUGCAGGACCCGCCAUGUGUGCCCCCGGGGGUCCCACGAGCUGCCAGGCCAAGGCUGCCCGUCGUGCACCACCACCACCACCACCAUGCUGCGUGGCCACCUGGGGCUGCCACUGUCCUCCAGCCCGCCCCCAGCCCGUGGACGCCCGGCCCACCCUGAGUUGUGGCGCCAGCCCACCUGGGAGCCUCAGGUCCCCCUCUUCCAUCACGGAGGUAAAGUUGAGGCCGUGGACACCACCAGACC